AUGACAUUCCAACAGGAGUCCAACGCAAGCUUCAUGCUCCCACCUUGCAAGGAUAUCAUCAGAGAAGCAGCGGCAGGCAGUUUAUGCGACAUCUUUAAUGGUCAGGAGCAAAAGGACUCCAUCUCUCCUUCUGUCGAGAGUAGCCCUGACCAAGCUUAUCGGGCCAUGGCAAACCAGGAACAAGCCCGUGGAGAAUACUCGAGGCCGCAAUCAUCCUAUGCCCAUAGCAUCAGUAAUUCAUCAAGCUCACCGGUAUCGAUGGUAUCUCCCAAGAUGUCAUCGUUCUCGAGAUUUGUUGCGAAGAGGAGAGAUUGUUCUGCUGCUCAGUAUCAUCCCUACAAGAAAGACAACUGUGCAUACUCAAUCAACCACAACGGAUUACCGUUGCCGGCAUUGAAGACAUCUUUCGAUCAAAGGGCCGUAGUGGGCGCUCCUCGCUCGCCACCAAACACGAGGAAAAGCUCAUUUGCCGCCUCCGAUUCUUCUUCAUCUUUUGGCCGGGCGGGGUUUGUCUUUGGCGAAGAGGAUAUCGUAACCACGCCUCUCACGCCUCUCACGCAGCAUUCAGAUGAGACACACACCAUUAAGGAAGAAACCAUGAUGUUUGACUCUUCAUUAGUCCAGCGUUAUCAACAAACCCAAGAAAAUAUGAAAGGCAGUAGACAAUCUGCCGAAUUAGCAAAGGCUGCCCGCCGAAGAAAGGCACAUUUACAGUCAGAACAACGAAGGAGGGAGCAUAUCAAAGACGGCAUGGAUCGACUCGUCCAAAUCGUCCCGGCAUGUCAAGAAAGCCGCGACACUAAAGGAAUAUCAAAGGCCGCAAUCCUAAAACAUGCUUACGAGUACAUCUACCAUCUUCGCGCUGAGCUUCAAGGGUACAAGCAGAUGAAUCAGAACAAAGAUCGAGAGAUUGCAGAGCUACGCAGACGUUUAGGUCACCCUCACACCGUUCCACCAGCACAUUGGAGAUAG